AUGUUGGAAAACGAUGUAGUAGUGGAGGUAGCGAAAAAACACAGAAAGACUCCGGCCCAAGUGCUAUUGCGGUUCUUCGUCCAGAACGGUGUGUCCGUCAUACCUAAGAGUACAAAUCCUCAGCGGUUGAUGGAAAACAUUCGAGUAAUUUAACACAAACUAUACACAAAUUACACGUUCAAUAAUUUCUCUGUGUUUUCUGCAAAAAGAUUUUCGAUUUUGAACUGGACCCAGAAGACGUGCGAGCUCUACGAAGCCAGGACGCGGGCGAAGGAGGGCGUAUCGUCCGAUUUUUGUUCUUCCCUGGGUAAGUGGAAAUCGAGCAGAUCUCAUGAUAAUGUUGUAUUGGACUUUUUUAUUAUUAACAUUUUACAUAUUUGCAUAUCAAAUUAUAUUUCGUCUUAUUUUACUUUUUAGAAUCACAGAACAUCCGGAAUACCCAUUUCCAAUUCAGUUUUGA